GGAGACUGAGGCUGUUUGGGGACGAUCUUGAAUUGCAUUGGGAUGACUUGAGCUGCAAUUGGCAUUAUGGAGUUUGUACGACCCUUCGCAUCGAGGCUUGCAGCGUCACCGCGGGUGCAGGUCACUUUGGUGAGAGCAUCGCGGACGCCAUGGCAAGUGAAGCAAUCUGCAUGCCGGAGUAGAAACUUCAGAUCAAGCGCUAUAAGCCUGCGAGCCGUCGAGCUGACACCACCGGUCAAAGUUCGAGGGCAGUCGAAACUCUUCAACUCCGCAGACGAGGCAGUAGCAGACAUCAAAUCCGGAUCCACGGUUCUGAGUGCAGGUUUUGGACUAUGUGGAACACCCGAAACCAUAAUCGCUGCAUUGGCUCGAAGAAAGGACUUGAACGAUCUCACAGCCGUCUCCAACAAUGCUGGCACAGCCGUCGGUGGUGGUCUCUCGCCUCUGAUCCAAUCCGGUCAAGUAAGCAAAGCGAUUUGCAGUUUUCUUGGAAACAACAAAGUUCUAGAAAAGAAGUAUCUGAAUGGCGAAGUCUCGAUUGAGCUUACACCUCAAGGAACAUUGGCGGAGAAGAUUCGAUGUGGUGGUGCUGGGAUUCCCGCUUUCUUCACACCCACAGGAGUCAACACGCACAUUCAAACUGGUCAGAUUCCCGUAAAGCUGAAGGGCGGAGAAGUCCUGGAAAAUGGCAGACCUCGCGAGACUCGGAUCUUCGAUGGACGAAUCUAUAACAUGGAAACUGCUAUCAAGGGCGAUGUUGCUAUCCUGCGAGCUCACAAGGUUGACAAGGCCGGUAACGUGCAAUUCCGCUACACCACGAAAUCUUUUGCACCGCUUAUGGCCAAAGCUGCUGCUAUCUCCAUUGUCGAAGCUGAGAAUAUCGUUGAGAUUGGCGAGCUGAAGCCGGACGAGAUCGAUCUUCCAGGCAUUUUCAUCGAUCGCAUCGUCCAAGCUACUGAGGACAAGAUCAUCGAGAUGAAGACCCUCAAGCAGGAUACCGAUAUCGAAGCUGAAGGUCGGAAAUCUGACGCUCUUGCUCGAAGGAAUCGUAUUGCGAAGCGUGCCGCGAAAGAACUCAAGCCAGGAUUCUACGUCAAUCUCGGUAUCGGCAUGCCAACCCUGGCUCCUUCCUACUUGCCUCCGAACAGCAAUGUGUGGAUCCAGUCCGAGAAUGGCAUUCUUGGUAUGGGUCCAUACCCAACUGAAGAAGAAUUGGAUGCCGAUAUCAUCAAUGCCGGAAAGGAAACCGUGACUCUGGUCCCAGGUGCCAGCUGCUUCGAUUCCAGCGAGUCUUUCGGUAUGAUUCGAGGUGGUCACGUUGAUGUCAGUAUGCUGGGUGCACUGCAAGUUGGCGCGAAUGGAGACUUGGCCAACUACAUGAUUCCUGGCAAGGUCUUCAAGGGAAUGGGUGGAGCCAUGGAUUUGGUGUCGAACCCAGAUGCAACCAAGAUUGUCGUGCUCACUGAUCAUGUCGACAAGUACGGCACACCUAAGAUUGUGGAACACUGCACGCUGCCUUUGACGGGAGCUAAGGUGGUUAGCACCAUUAUUACUGAUCUGUGUGUUUUCGAAGUCGACCGAAAGAAGGGUGGCUUGACGCUCACCGAAACCGCGCCAGGUGUAGGGGUUGACGAGAUCAAGCAAAAGACUGGCGCCAAGUUCGCAGUUAAGGAGCCUCUCGGCAAGAUGGAGUAGAAGCCGUUGACGAAGCCUGUAUCAUUUCUAGCUAGAUAUUUCCGAAAUUCUGUAUAGAUUCCUUUACAAUUUGGCUUUCGG